UGAAUCGCCUCGUACAAACGCGCGCACCUGUCCGAGGCACGGGACAUGUCGAUUUCCUGAGCCUUCCCCGAGAUCGAGCCCCGUCUGGGUUCGAUUUUCGUCCUGGACGCCUUUUGCGAUUUUCCACCGAUUUUCCGCAAUCGAGAUCAGAGAUGCUGCCGAGGGUGGGCGCCCUCCUCUGGGCGGUUCACCUAGCGGUCGCCGGGAACUCCGUGGACAUCCUGCCCUCAGGACCCCCCAGGGCCCUCCACGACGAGGAGAUCCUCCGCGUCCUCGCGAGGAACGAGUCCGAGCUCUCGGAAAACUUCACCCUGAUCGAUUUCAAGCCCAACCUCGGGAACCUAGGGAACCUCACCGACGAGCCGCUCUUCGCACCCCGUCAAGAUGAACCUCGAUCGAGCUGGACCAAUCCGUACUAUGACGCCUUUGCGGAGGAAAUCGACCGGGAGUCCCGGAAACUGCUGGAAAUCAUUCCUGCCUAUGAUCCUGGAGCUGGACCCGUGAGUUCCGAGUGCAAGAGGCAUGCCGCCAUUUUUCAUAGAGAGCUUUCCAAGUUCACUCUCUGGGCGCUUAAGAUGUACGAUGCCACCGCGAAGAUCCCCUCGGGACUGCUCAAUGGGAACGUGAAUCAGCUGGGCGACUACGACGAGUGCGUCUCCGUUGAAGGGGUCGACGACAUCCGGGGACGAUAUUGCCUGGCUUAUUUGCAAUUGGACGUCGACCGGUCUCGACCCGACCUGGAGCACCUCCACAAACUGCUUCAUUCUCAUUAUGCCUUCAGGAGCAACAUGACGGACCCUGGCCAUCGGGUACCGAGAUUCAGUACAGUGAAUUGGGCGGUAUGUGCUCCGUCUUCAUGUACGUCUCGCGACGUGGAGGCGUCUCUUCGACAUGUCGUGUCUAAACACACUGCCAACACCGGCUUGAAAAUUACGGUUCGAGUUGACAAGGAGAUGUGCCAGGUUCGCAGGAUCGAGCCUUUGCCGACAGAGACCGUAGUCGUAGGCCUCUUCUUCAUCGGCGUCCUCAUCCUGUGCCUCGUAGCUGCAGUCUACGACCACCUGGAGCUUCCGGCGAACAAGAUCUUCUUAUCGUUCUCCUUGAAAAGGAACCUGAAGCAGCUUUUCUCCUUAAACAGGAGCGAAAGCGACAUCGCGACCCUCCACGGGGUCAGGGCAUUAAACGCCUUAAUGUUGAUCCUGGCUCACAAGAGCAUGGCCCUCUUCUUCAACCCUUACGUAAACAGGACAGCCAUGACGGAGUAUCUUGGGAAACCAUGGACCGUGAUAGGAAGAGCGGCCAGCCUCUACACGGAUCCCUUCAUCAUGCUUUCCGGAUUGUUGACGACAUACUCGUUCGUUGGGAGACUCGAGAAGACCGGCAAAUUGGACGUCAAACAGGAAUACCUAUCCAGGUUGCUCAGAUUGGUGCCGACCUUGGGAGCCCUGAUCCUCUUCUGCACGUACGUGAUGCCUUUCAUCGGGUCUGGCCCUCAAUGGAACCUGGUGGUGACUCAUCACGCGGACAUUUGCAAGAAAACCUGGUGGAGGAACUUCCUCUUCAUCCACAAUUACUUCGGGUUCGAGAAUAUGUGCCUGACGCAUACCCAUCACCUGGGCAUCGACACUCAGCUCUUCGCCAUCUCGCCAUUGUUGGUGAUCCUCCUCUGGAAGAAGCCCAAACUUGGAGGUUUCUUCCUCACCUCUUUGGCGACAAUUUCCACGAUACUUCGAUAUCGCGUUACCUACAUGAAACGACUGAAUAAUUACGUUUUCUUCGGCACGUCAAUUAAGCAGCUCUUCGACACUGCCAACCUUUCUUACAUCCUGCCAACGCAUAGACUCACGGUGUACAUCAUGGGCAUCUUCGCAGGAUAUUUGUUAAGGACUUGUCCAAAGGGUUUCAAGAUGAACGGGGCGGUGGUCUAUGCAGGAUGGACUCUAUGUAUCGUGAUGUCUUUGGGAGCUUUCUUCGGCCCUGCAAAAAUGGGUGCCAUUGAUUACGUAUAUCAACCGGUGCAUGCUGCAACGUACAACGCUUUUGCACCCAUUGGUUGGUGUGCACUUUUCGCCUGGAUGGCAUUUUUGUCGCAUACUGGAAACGCGGAUGGACUGAUAAGCAGGAUCUUCGCUUGGAAAGGAUUUCUUGUCUCGACAAGACUCAGUUACGCGAUUUAUUUAACGCAAUUCCCAGUUUUCUUCUACAAUGUCGGCCAAACGCGCAGUGCGGAGUACUACGAGUUCUUCCGAAUGCUGUUCAACUUGAAGGAGUUGCUGUGGAUCAUUCUAACCUCGAUGGUCCUGACGUUGCUCUUCGACACGCCGUUCCAAAAUAUCAAGAACCACUUGCUGAAAAAGGAGAAGCGGUCGCAGCCGUCGAUUAAGGCUUCCAAAGUGGAUUAAAAUGUUUUUGCGAGCUUCCAGAUUCGGGACCACUGACGGAUAUCUCGUAUUAGACGUUGUAAAUAUAACCUCGAUUUUUACCAAUUUUUUAAAGGACCAAAGGGAUUUACCCUGUCGCUUGCCCUCGUAUACAAUGUAUACGAGGGUCAAGUACGUAUUUAUGUGAGUUCUACUUUUCUGUGUCUAUUCUUUGUAAAUAAUUCUUCCUCCUUUGAAUGCAAUCUCAAUGACAGACUCGAAGACUAAUCCUUUCGCGUUUAAGGCCAACCUGCGAUUAAUGCCUUAAUAUUUAUUCGAAAGAUUGACACAAACGACGUAAUACCGUAAUUACGACUAAUGUAGACGCUUAAGAGAUGAAUUUCUAGUUUUAACUUAAAAUGAGGCUGCUCCACGCUUUGGUACCAUUCUUUGCGUAUAUCGAUUUAGAGUCCGAGGUGAUUUUUUUUAAAUGUAUGUUAAACAUAUACAGAGCCUAGGAUAUGUCAUAUGACACGACAAUAUGACACAGGUCGUAUUGUCAUGUCGGAUAGUCAAGAGGAAUGUAAAUAAAUAUUUUUUACAGAG